AUAGAACCUCCGCAUAACGUAGACUCAAAUUGGGAAGAAACAUAUACUAAAUCACUUCAAUAUCUCUCUGAAAAUUGUGGUGAUCAACUAGAAGAAUUAUGGAUGCCUUUACGGGAAGAAGACCAAAAAUUAUUUUGUAAUCUUGUCGAACAUACGCCAAAUUUGAAAGUGCUAGCUUUGGAAGGGAAAGAUUUCGAUAAUGAUGGACAAUUCUUAAACGUGGUAGCUAGAACUACUCCAAAUCUCAAUUACAUUCAUUUAUCAUACUUUCCUGCUAUCACAGGCAAGGAUGUUAAAGUUGUCAAUUGGGGUCAACUUAUUGAUGUUAACAUAAUGGGUUGUGAAUCAUUGGAAAAAAAAUCAAGAUUUUUUGAUCGUGUAAAAGAAGAAUGUUGUCCACAACUUAAUAUUCAUAUAUAUGAUCUUGAAGGGAAUGUGGUGGAGAAUAGGUAA